AUGAGGAUUUCCGAAUCCAGGGAGCAGUUCUUAAAGAAGAUAGCGUCGAAGAUAUUAUGGUGCGUACUGUAUUUGAUGCUCUUUAGACUGGCCGUGCAAAACGUCAGCGGAGUGCUAAGAAAAUUCCUGCUCACGAAGUCCGAACCGAGCGGCCAUUUGCUUAACUUCACCGAGUCGGCCGCAGUUCACAGGUACCGUGCGGAAGAGCAUACCGUGGUCACUGACGACGGGUACGUCCUGACCGUGUUCAGGAUCCCGAAGGGCAAGAACUGCCGCGGAGGAGUACGGCAGCCGCCCGUCCUGAUAAUGCACGGUUUGCUCUUGAGCUCGGACAGCUGGCUGGACUCCGGCCCCCACGCCGGACUGGGGUACCUCAUCAGCGACGAGUGCUACGACCUUUGGUCGGGCAACGUGCGUGGCAGCCACUACUCCAGGAAGCAUUUGACUCUCAACCCCGACACAAAUCCCCAGUAUUGGCAGUUCUUCCUUCACGAAGUUGGCGCGUACGACCUCCCGGCAAUAAUCGACUACAUACUGCAUAGCACUAAAUCGCAGAAGCUGAUCUACAUUGGCUACUCACAAAGCGGUAUGUCACUACUCAUAAUGUGCUCGGAGAGGCCAAAGUUUUGCGAUAAGCUACGGCUCGCUAUUCUCCUGCACCCCGCCUCCAGAAUGACAAACACUAAAUCUAAGGCCUUCAGAUUGAUAACGAAAAUCUACCAGUCCAUAGAGCCUUACUUAAGUAGCACUCUCGACUUUGAAGCGUUCCCCAAGGAGGGGAAGUUGCAGACGACUACAGCCAGUUUAUGCCAAGAUUUUUACGUGGCAGACAUUGUGUGUAGAUCCAUUUUGAAUCUGAUCGACUCCCCACAUCCCGGAUCAAUCGACGUGUCAACGAUUCGCUCCCUGUCCGGACACUUCCCUUCGGGGACGUCCGCCAAGACUUUGGCAUGGUUCAACCAAAUCUUAAACGCGGACAGUUUUCAGAAUUUCGAUUAUGGUUCCACGAGGAACCUCGAGGUUUACGGUAGCAGGCUUCCUCCUCCGUACAAUAUUAAUGCUACCAAUGUCCCUGUAGUGAUUAUUCACGGUGAGAACGAUAACUUGGUGUCGUCGAAGGACAUACGAUGGUUGAAAGAUCAACUGCCCAACGUGCUCGAGUUGUUCUUUGUCAAGGAUCCAUUGUGGAACCAUUUCGACGUGCCCUAUAGUCGGCACACGAAAAAAUUGUUAUUCCCAAAGAUAAGUGAGUACUUGAGGAAGUACAGCCGCAAAAGUAUCUUU